AUGAAGGGUCUUGUUUGCAACAAUGGCAAAAUUGAAGUCAUAGAACGACCCAAGCCAACCAUCCAGGAGCCCACGGACGCAGUUGUGCGAAUGCUGCAUACGUCCAUUUGCGGAACAGAUCUGCACAUCAUCAAAGGCGACAUCCAAACCGCAGAAUCUGGCGUUGUCUUGGGUCACGAAGGCGUUGGGGUUGUUGAGGCAUUGGGCUCCACCGUGCAAGGAUUGCAAGUAGGUGACCGAGUGGUUAUCUCCUGCAUGACAUCAUGUGGGUCGUGCCGUUACUGUCAGCGAGGUAUUCCCGCCCACUGCGAAUCCGGAGGAUGGAUUCUUGGCAACCAUCUCGAUGGAACCCAGGCGGAGUACGUACGCGUACCGCACGCAACUCGGUCGCUCCACCGCUUGGAUUCCUCUAUAGACGCACGUGAUGCGGUUUGCCUCUCGGAUGCCUUGCCGACAGGCUAUGAAUGCGGUGUGCUCAGUUCAGACGUCCACUCAGCAGGAUCCGUGGUAAUUGUCGGCGCGGGUCCGGUGGGGAUCGCAGCUCUUCUUACUGCGCGUCUAAAGAACCCUGACAUGAUUGUUAUGGUUGACCUGGACGAUACGCGUUUAGAGAAGGCGCGGGAAUUGGGUGCGCAUUAUACGGUUAACUCUGGUGCUCCAGACGCAAAGAAACAGCUCCUGGACUUGACCAAAAAUGAAGGAUUUGACUCUGUCAUCGAGGCGGUUGGCAUUUCAGUCACUUUCCAAUUGUGUCAAGAGCUGGUGGCCGUUGGCGGGCGCAUCGCGAAUAUGGGAGUCCAUGGCAAAAAGGUGGAUUUACAUUUGGAAAAACUAUGGGACCGCAACAUAAGUAUCCACAUGUCGCUGGUCAAUGCGGUUUCAAUCCCCUCCUUGUUGCAGCAAGUGAAAGAGGGCAAGUUGGACGUCAACUCGCUAGUCACGCAUCAUUAUUCGUUCGACGAUGCAACAACCGCAUACGACACCUUUGGGGCUGCAUCUACGCAUCAGGCCCUGAAGGUAGGCCUGGAUUUCGGAGUCCAAGAAUGA